AUGGCCAUCACCAAAGUGACUUCCGAAGAGCAGUACAAGCAGCUGAUUAGCGCCGCAACGGUGUCGGUGGUGCUAUUUUCAGCCGACUGGGCCGAACAGUGUAAACAAAUCAGCGAUGUUAUGGGCGAGCUAGCCAAACAGCCGGAAUUUAAAGCGCUACAGUUUCUGGACGUACCGGCGGAGGAUCUAUCGGAGCUGUCCAUGCGCCACCAAAUCGAUUCAGUACCGACGGUUUUGUUUUUGCGCGCCGGUAAAGCUGUCGAUCGGAUCGAUGGCGUCGAUGUGGGGACAUUGACGCAGAAGGCAAAACAAUAUGCCGGCACGACGUUAGCAUUGGGAACGUCAGGCGACGGUGCAAUCAAUCUGGAGGAACGGCUUAAAGCGCUCAUAAAUCGUUCCAAGGUGAUGAUAUUUAUGAAGGGCGAUCGCAAUACACCACGGUGCGGUUUCUCCAAACAACUGAUAGCGAUCGUGAACGACACCGGCGUUGAGUACGACACGUUCGAUAUAUUGACUGAUGAAGCUGUACGGCAAGGGUUGAAAACGUUUUCGAAUUGGCCUACCUAUCCGCAAGUUUACGUAAACGGCGAACUUAUCGGGGGACUGGAUAUCAUCAAGGAGCUAUUGGAGGGUGGAGAGCUAAAGGAAACGUUAAGUCCGUAA